CAAUCACAAAAAUUUGUCAAAGUUUUGUUUUUGCUUUGCGGUGGGAUAAAAUUAAGAUUUAUACUUGAUUUAUAAGUUAAUAUAAGUGCCGUUGUUUUUGUGGAAUGUAAAGAAAUUAUUACUAUAAAACUAUGUAUAUUAUUUGAUUAAUGUUUAGACAUUUAAAUUAAUAUAAUCGUGAUAUUGUGUGCCCUCUCACAAUGGAGCACAUUCGACAAUUUGAUUGGUGUUACUCUCAACCAGACAUAUAUUUCCUCAAGGAAGAUGACAUGGCACACAGUGUGACGGAGAAGAUCCUCCGCAACAAGUUCCGUAACCCCAUCAUAUCCAGUGAUUCGGAGGAGGAAGGUGAAACCAUUGACUGGGAUGAGAUAUUUACCAAAAACCAAAAUUUUCAGUUUGAAAAGUUUCAUCGUCAGUUUGUGCCGUGCCUCGCGCAGUGUCCUCCCCCAUACCCCAAGCUGUCAGCCAUAGACGGUCGUCAGCAGUACCAGUGCCUCAAAGUGUUGUGUGCUGACUACCCUGACAUUCUGCCGCAGGAGUUUAUACCACGACCCACUAAAAGUGAUCUUCGGGUUUUUGAGGAAUUAAAAGAGAAAUAUGAGAAUGAGCAAAAGGAAUACAUAGAGUGGGCCAAAACCCUCUGGACAAACAGCCACUGUGUGAGAGCAUUGCACCCCAAGCCCCACGUGGAAACAGUGUACGAAGCUAUGUUUAAGAUGAAGGCUAAUGAAAUGAUUUCCUACCCUAAGAUGUACAAUUUGGCGGCUCAGAUACCAUUGGAGACUUGUAAAAGUACUUUUGAAAUGGUUUUAGAUAAGGAUUUAAAGAAGGUGAACAUCAAAACAUUGCCUCAGAUAGAGAUAAGGCCGCUCACGAAGAGGUUUACCAUCAUACGUGCCUGUAAUGUGCCUGAGCCGUGCACCAAGCAUCCAUGCAAGUUUAUACUGCCGAACGAGAAAUCAGUUUCAAUCUUACCACUAACGGAAGUUCAAAGAGAACUAGCUCAGUAUGGAUUGGACAACGAUGCACACUACGUGGUGAGUGAGAACGCGUUAAAAUGCCUCGUAGAACAAGACCGGAUAUGGGACAUCAGUGUUGCCGUAUGUCCAGUUAUUGGACCUGAUGGCGACUCAACGAAUAUAGUGGUAUUAGGAAGCGAGUUCUCCAUUCACAAGGAGUCCGUGCUGAUGAGGACCUACCGCGCGUUCAGGCAUCUACUGCAGCAUAGCAUUAUACCACCAUCGGAAAAGUCAAAAUUAAAUUACAAAGAACCAAAAGACAGUGUGGAGGAAACAGAACAAUGUACUAGUGUCAGUGACAAGGCGAACAGUAUACCUGAUCUUAGCGUGGACAUGGACUCUGACGAAGAGGACAAUAGUCUCUGUAUAGACGAAGACAUGCAGAAUCUAUUUGACUCAGAAGAUGAUGCGGGACAAGGACAGAUACAAAACGAAGAACAAAAUGAUAAAAUUGGCAACAAUAAUGACAUACAAGAUGAUAAAACUCAAAGCGAUAAAGAUAAGAAACAGAAAAAUCAGAAUAAAGUAACAAAUGAUUCAAUAGACAAGGAUUCUAGUAAGAGUAAAAGGCAAAAACAAAAUAGUAUAAUAAACGAGGAUAGUGAUGACUUCUACAGUUGUACUUGUAAAGACACACUAUUUGAAAGGCCUCCUCCGAGGUCGUUCAGGAAAUGGCGAGUGAGGAAUAAGACUACGAAUGAAAACUACAAUGUUAUAGUGCAUUGCGCGCACAAAGUGCGGGAUAAAAACGGUGAAGUGAUAUUGGAACCGAUACCGGAGUAUCAGCUAGAGCUGGGCGGCAGCGCGCAGGCGCGGGGCAGGAUACGCAGCUUGGCUCUCUCGCUUUACUUACGGGAAAAUGCUUCCUUGAUGAAUGUGCGAGUCGACGGCGACACGGGCGAGGUAGCCACAUUUGAGGGUAUGAGCAGCGAGCAGCUAUCAAACAAACACGGCGACGUCAUGAGUGACGUCAUCAGCACGCUGCACACCGCCUUCAGCCAACUGCAGGGGCUGCUGCCGGGGAACUACCUGCUGCGGCAUCAGCCAAGUCACGGAGCGAACGCUCUACUGUACGCAGCCAAGCCGUCGAUCAACCCCAGCUUCACCCUGGACUUCGACUGCACAAAGCUGGAAGAUUCCGACGAAUCCAAGAGCUUGAAGACUCCCCCCACACUCGUGCCAGUUCUAUUGCCUUUCCACAAGUUCCGUAAGAUACUGCCGUGCGCGUUCACGCCGCACGAGCACAUGCUGCCGCGCGCGCCGCGCCGCGCGCCCGCGCGCAACAAGACCCCGCCGCGCGCGCUGCAGUUGGAUGCUGAGCAGGAAGGAGGCGCGCGUAGCAAGGUUGGGAACCGUGGCCGAAACCGCACUAUAGUACUAGUCUACAGAAUUCAUACAACCGUUAUGGUGACCCUAACUGGCCGAAGAGAAAGAAUAAGAAGAAGAAGAAGGCUAAUGCAGCAAACUAAUUAUAAACUUAAAUAAAUACUCAUUA